AUGACAGCUCAUGGCGUUUAUAUGCAGGUUCUACCCUAUGCAAACCAUAUUUUGAUAACCUUUAAUCCAACGGUGGAGAUUGUGGCAUCGGCAAUGGAUGCAACACUUCACAUCGGGAAGUGUCAAAGUGGUGUUUCGGCUGUCCGGGAUCGCAAGAGGUGGGUAAACCUGGAGCAAUGGCCGGUUUCAUCUAUGACAUGUGGGAUUAGGAACCUCAUCUUUGGCUUAUUUUCUUUCGUCACAAAGACUUCCGAGACUUAG